AUGGACGUUGCAAAAUAUUAUCACUGCAUAGAUAACAGCGUUCACGAAAUGCGACCCGGAAAAACCGGAAUUGAAUAUUGCGGGAAAGCACGUAGCGAACGUAUAUUCAAUUGUCUACUAUGUUUGCACCAAAGUUUGUACCAGAUGUCAAGAUUAUUAACAAUUUAUCCUAUUACAUAUUUUAAAAUAUUUAGCAAGAUCUUUGCCGAUUGCAUAUUUCCUGGAAUCAAUGAAUCUUAUAAUUUAUAAUUUACCUAUAUAAUUAGAACAGGGAUCAGUGACAAAAAUGGCUAAUUUUCAAAUUGGAACUAUCACGAUACAUAAUUAAUAAACUAAAGAGAUGAAUAAUGAAAUGAAUGAUCGAUUCCUGUGCGGGUUCAUAAAUCAUUCAUGCAAUUAUUGGAAACAAUUUUCUUGGUACAAAAUAUCCUAGGUGUAAUCCCAACAAUCAAAAUAGAAAUCCAGUAUCGUCUCGCUUGAUUUCACUACGAUAGAUCAUUGUCUAUGCUAGCAACUGUGUACACAUUUGCUUGAGGGACUUACCCGGACGUUAUCGUAUACGGAAUUGGUAGUAAGACUUGUAUAUAAACCGUCCGAACUAUCGAUCUAUCAUCAGUUGUUUCACAGUCUAUUCUAAAGUGUCUAGCGACAAGUUUCACCGAAAACUUCAACCAAAAUGGUCAAGAUCUACUUCCUUGCUGCUCUUCUGCUCGUGGCUAUAGCCGCCAUCAUGGCUCAGCCAGUUGACAACGAGUACGAACCUCUCGUCCUUCCCGAAGGACGUGGUGACAGACACAGGAGAGUGACCUGUGACCUGCUCACCUACAAAGGAGUUGUCGGAGACAGUGCAUGUGCUGCAAACUGUCUUAGCAUGGGCAAAGCUGGAGGUCGUUGUCACGAUGGAGUCUGUACCUGCCGCAAAACUACCUUCAAGGAAGUCUGGGACAAACGUUUCGGCUAGAUUCAACCCUUCGCUUCUACACCCACCGGGAAUUAAUCUUUCUGUGUAAAGAGGGAGCAGAAAGUAGAUCAACCAUCAUCAAGAAGCAAUCAUCCGUCAUUAUGCAUAGUAAAUUCUUCAUUGUCUAGUUACAAUACAACUAUACUACCUCUUGUACACCUCUGAGUUCAAAAUAAAGUUUAAUUUGUACGGAAAA